AUGGUAUUUUUGUUUUUCUGCUAUAGAUAUUUCACCAACAUAAACCGACUUCAAUACCCUUCCGAGGUUAUGCAGCAUACACUAACGUUUCAAAAGAGCUUUGAUAAUGCUUUUCAUGGAAAGAAUUGUUCAGACACUCUGUGUGUUCUGCCACAAUGCGUGAACUUUAAGCUGCAAACUAGGCAUACCAAUACACUUCAAAAAGACAAACAAAGAAAUUGCACCGGCAGGGACAUGGCUCCUUCGGACGUAGCUGUGAACAUCCGAAAGAAUAAUGAUCGAGACAAGCUGAUGUCCCUGAAUCAAGCCAUUCUGGACCACGAUGCAGAAAAACAGCUGCUAGAUGACAUUCAGGAGUUUGAGAGGAUCCUUGAGGGACAGAUGGCUGACUUUGGACCUCAUCCUGGUUUUAACCGAGAUUUUUAUAAGAUUGAUCAGCAGAAUUCUUCGCCAUCUUACACCGCUCGAGAGGAUUGUCAGGUUUCCACACAGACACACCCGCUGCCCUCUUACUCUUCAAAAGACGAUGUUCAGUUUCUUCGACAGAUACCAGCCGAGGAGGCAAGAAAACACCAACGAGAGCCCCCUGAGUACGACACCUUAUUUGAUAGGGGAGGUGCUACUUUCAAAGAGCCCUCUAAUCCCAAAAUGAUACAUAGUACAGAAUCUAAUCAAGACCCUAUCUUUCUUAAUUAUUAUGAACAGUUUACGUCAACAGAUGAAUCUGCUCACCGGCCUAUGAAAGAAUCCCAAGGAAGGAGUACUGCCAAACGGACUCGGACAGAUCCCGAGACGAUUACCUUGCCCGUAUCAACUACUAACGUGGAAAAGACUGCCUGCCACAUCCUGGGCACAACAGAACAACUUACUUGUAUGCAGCGCAAACCAUCCCAGAGGGUAUUUGGAAUCCUUUCGCAGAUAUUACAUAUGUUUGAAAAACCCAGGUCAGCAGAAGUUGAAGCAAUUUUCGUUCACGUCCUUCAAAAGGCACUCAGAGACAUACAAAGUGCAGUCAAGCGGGAUAGCAUUAAGUUUGUCUACUUUAGACCUGGAACCAGCUUGUAAUUGCUAAAAAGUUCUAUAUUGAUUGGGUUAUGUACAUUGAAUCAACGCAGUUUGACUUGCAUCUUUAACGAUGGCUUUAGACACUUGGCCCAUAUUUCAGUGUUUUUCUCGAUCAGUUGCUUGUCACAGGAUCAUGGUCUCAAUUUAAGGGUAAUACCCUUUUAUCUUGGUCAGGAAAACACAAUUUUAUUAAUUGAUUGACUCACUUUGAUCGGUGAGGGGGGGGGGGAGCUCAAGGAAGGAUAGGAAUGACUGUAACCCCCUCCCUCAAACAAAAAUUUUAGGGGGCAAGGAAAAGCCCCCGCAAAAGUUUCUAAGCAGGAAUUGCUGAACGUAUUAAAUUUGUUAUAUAUCACAGGCUGCUAAUGCUGGUUGAAAACGAAGAUCUUUUGUUUGCUUCAAAUAAAGCUUUAUCGUCCGUCAGGUUAGGUUUACGUAGUGACAAUGUGGAAAUGAUCUAGGCUUUAGAGACGAGUGUUGUUCUUCCUCAUUUAGAUUUUUUAUUCUAGGUUUUUCGACUGUAGCAGGUCGAUUU